AUGUCUGCCUCUAGUGAACCGUGCCCCGGAAUGUCGAGCGCUGUCCUCCACAGAGACACGCAUUUCCUUCCGAAGAAGGCUGUUGGUGGCAAAGGCACAUAUAUCUUUCUUGAGGAUGGCACCAAAUUCCUUGACUCAACUGGCGGGGCUGCCGUUUCAUGCUUGGGUCAUGGCCACGAGGGAGUCACCCAAGCGAUCAAAGACCAGAUAGACAAGCUAUCAUACUGCCACUCCGCCUUCUUCGGUACCCCGGUUACUGAGGAACUGGCACGAUUUCUGACAGACUCAACUGGGAGAAAGUUGUCAAAGCUGUUCGUGGUUAGCUCAGGUUCAGAAGCUGUGGAAGCCGCUCUGAAACUCGCCCGACAGUACUUCCUAGAGCUCCCAAGCCCUCAGCCGCAACGCACAAGAUUCAUUGCCCGUCUGCCCUCUUACCAUGGUACGACUCUUGGUGCACUGAGCGUUGGUGGCCAUGUUCUCCGAAGAGAGCCAUUCGAGCCUAUAUUGGCAAAUAAUACCUCUCAUAUCUCUCCGUGCUACGCAUAUCGUGGUAAGAAGGAAGGAGAAUCCGAUAUCCACUAUGUUGGUCGCCUUGCUGCGGAAUUGGAUGCGGAGUUCCAGCGAGUAGGACCUGAUACUGUAUGCGCUUUCAUUGCGGAACCAGUGGUUGGUGCAGCACUUGGCUGCGUACCUGCUGUGCCGGGAUACUUCCCUGCCAUGAAGGCAGUUUGUGAAAAAUACGGUGCUUUGUUCAUCCUCGAUGAGAUUAUGAGCGGCAUGGGACGAUGUGGAACUCUUCAUGCCUGGGAACAGGAAGGCGUCGUUCCUGACAUUCAAACCAUUGGUAAAGGUCUCGGGGGCGGCUAUGCCCCCGUAUCUGGCAUCCUGAUCGGCGACUCUAUCGUGCAGACAAUGGAUAAGGGAACUGGCGUUUUCCGCCAUGGACAGACAUAUCAAGGCCAUCCUAUCUCAUGUGCAGCAGCCUUGGCUACGCAGAAGGCAAUCAAAGAAGAGUCUCUCCUCGAGAACGUUCGCAAUAUGGGUGCUUACCUUGAGCAAAAGCUGCGUUUGCAAUUGGGCGAUCACCCAUACGUUGGUGACAUUCGGGGGAAAGGAUUAUUUUGGGGGGUUGAGUUCGUGAAAGACAAGCUUACAAAGGAACCUUUCGAUCCCAGCGCCCGUUUAUCGUUUCACAUACAAGAGAAGGGACUGGAACCAGGAUAUUCCCUCUCUCUGUACGGCUGUACGGGUACUGUUGAUGGUAUCCAAGGUGACCAUGUGGUGCUAGCGCCACCCUACAAUAUUUCUCGAGAGGAAAUUGACCUCAUCGUUGAUGGGUUUUCCAGGGUUCUAAAGGAUGUAUUUGCUGAGCUGGACUUGUGA